CUUUCGAUAGAAGAAUUUUGAGUUAUUAAAAAAUAUAUAGACCCGACCCAAUAGAGAACCUAUCCGCCCAUCUCAAGUCGGUAGCGGCUUCAGCGUUCCUAAGGGAGUGAAUUUCAGAAGAAGUCUGGCCUUUUUUGGCAGGGCGGAAUGCGCAUUUUUCUGCUUGCCAUUUGUUCUCGCUCUAAAAUUUAAAUUUCAAGCUAUCUUCACUCUACAAAUGGCGAAUGAGCAACAGAUUUUGCGGCCAUGGUUCCUCGACUUGGUACCGUACCUGGUGGUUCUGUUAAUUGUCGUUCAUGUCUUCGCUUUGGCUUACUGGAUUUACAGAUUAGCAACUGAUAGACAGCCUCAGCGACGAAAGGCGCACUAAACCUACACUUCAAUAUAGACAAAGAGGAGCAACUUCCUGUCUGUACAUUAUUUCUCUGAAGGAUCUUGCUUUGUCUUCAUAUAUACUCACUUCAGCUGCUUAAUUAUCAUGGCUGUUUUACAUAAACACAGUUUCAAAUGUGUUGUCAUUGGGAUUGGUGUUCAUUCUCUUGUUUACCCAAGACAUGCAUGCACUUGUGCGCAUGUAUAGCUUUUCAUAGGUCCCUAUAGCAGUCACAUAAUAAAAUGGUACUAGGUCCGGAGAUCAUAUGAAUUUAGCUGGUAUACUUGAUUUUGAAGUUUAAAGUAAUUAUCAGAGAUAUAUCGUAACUCUUUAUUUACUUUUGCACUGAAAUUGUUUUUGAUCUGUUGACAUGCUUUGCAUAGUAAACAUGAUGAGAAACUCCUUGUGAAGUAGAGAUGACAUUUAGUUAGGAUGAAUUUUUAUUGUUAGAGAGGUGCACAACUGAGGAUGUCUGCACCAUGCUAGAAUUAUAGGACUUGGCUAGUUUUAAGACGAUUUACUUGUUGGUAUUUGAUAAUUUUUUAUGGGCAAAACAGUGGCCAAAACAGUAGGACAAAAAUCUAGUUAAUGAGCUAAAGCUCCUGGGUAACCUUUUGAGGGUUAUCUAGUGAAGAAAAAGAAAACAUAAAGGGAAGGAAAAGCAUCCUCAUGUAUUAAGUUUAGUUAAUAUUUCCCAUUGUUCAAAAAUUAGACAAAAUUACGGGUGAAUUUGAGCUGGCUUAGCUUGAUUUGAUCUAUUGUUUAACUCGAAAUAGUUGAGCUAGAGCUAGAGCUUUAGUGUGACACUUGGAUUGAGAUUAGUUCAUUUGUUCAUCUGGUGAUACUGCUCACCCUUUCAAUAAUACUAUUCAUUCAGUUGGUGGUUUUCUAGUUAUAUUGUGUAGUAGCUUGAAUGAGCUUAAAUUCAAGCUCGAACUAAACAUUAUGAAUUUGAUCCGAACUUGAGCUAACUUGUGGUUUGGCUCGGAACAAAUCAACCCCUAGACAAAAUUUUACCAGUCCUUAGUUCUCAACUACAACAAGAAGAUUACUUCAAAUCCUCACCUGGUAGGGCAGGUGGGGGCUGACUAAAGAUCAACUGAAUUUGAGGCACUUGGCCUCUCAUCAUACCUUCUGUGGGCAUAGAGUACUUACACACUUUGGAUGGUGGUUGGUUUUUCAAAUAUAGGUAAGUUAGGCUUUAAUUAUUUGAUAGCAUAUAGAAUAGCUAUUAUGUUAUGUCAGAACCUAUUAGUUUAUGUAUGGUAGAAUUAGUUUAGUAACAGUUUUUGUUGUGGGAAAAAAAUAGACGUGCAAAUCAGGAAAUGUAUGGAUUGUAAGUUCCAGUAACCAAAAUCGUAAGCGAAGUUUGCGUGAAGACAUAUCAGCAAAUGUUCACAUUUUUUCCCUUUUUUGCUUUGCUUUUGCGUGUAGAUGGUUAUAGUUAACAAGUUCAUGGUUAUUAGUAUCUUCUAAUGUGCAGUAAGUAUCGUGCAUCGUACAAUACCAUACUAUAGGGCUGGAAAAUAAUAUAUUUCUUAGGAUAUAUCAAAAAUUAAUAUAAUAGAAUAGACGUAUUGUAUAAUAUCAUACGUAUAAAUAAUUUUACCCAUACACUCUUUUGAUGAAGUGAUAUGUGGCAGAGACUUAGUUGAGAAGGUUUAGAACUUUGGAAGCAUUUAUGGUUUUUUAAAAAAUGAUAUCGUGGUAAUAGAAAAUUAUUAUUAUUUAAAAUGCUUAUCUUAGGUACUAUCUAUUAUUAAAGGAUGGCAGAUUAGGUACUAACUAUCUGGAUAUGAUUUCUUUUCUAAGAAAUUGGACGGUAGAAAGUAGAAAGAUUAUCAAUAUUAUUAUUUGAAGGACAUAAUGGAAAUUUGAUUUUGAUUCCAAUGACCUGUGAUAGAAAAAAGCAAAGUAUUAAAAGAAUUUGUGAAUUUGUCUUUUAUGAUCACGCGGUUUGUGUUGGUGGCAUUUCCUGAUUCCUAAACUUUCUUGUCUUCAGUUUUUUCUUUUGUUUUUUUUGUGCAAAUCGAGUUAAAGUGAGGCCAUCAUCUCUUUGGUCAUCAAGGGAUAAUUUAGGUGAAGAUGAGAACAAGCUUUUGUCUUUGAUCUCUAAUUUUGAACACAUAUGGGCGAACAAUAACUAUAAAAUAAUACUUGUUUCGAUAGUUUUAAAGAACUUAAUUGUUGGUGGUGAAAAAAACCCACGAAGAAGCUAUACUAGAAAUAAUGAUAAAGGAAGUAUUUUUAAAGUCAUUUACCUUUUGGCUCGAAAGCUUAUUUUGACUGUAAUGUUAUUGAUUGUUUUGGUGAAAUAUCAGUAUAAUAACAGAGCAUAAGAUUUGUCA